AUGUUUGGCGCGACUACAGGAUCGACGCAGCCAGCGGCUACUGGCUUUAACUUUGGCGGAGGGGCAGCUGCAACACCUUCUAGUGGGUUCAGUUUUGGUGCCACGCCAGCGAAGACUACAGGGUUCGGUUUUGGGGGAGCUGCGACGUCUUCGGCCCCUUCCACUGGCUCGACGGGGUUUAGUUUUGGAGCGACGCCCGCUACGGCUCCUGCUACUUCCAGUGGCUUUUCUUUUGGUGCUACGCCUGCUGCAGCUCCUGCUACUUCCAGUGGCUUUUCCUUUGGUGCUACGCCUGCUGCAGCUCCUGCUACUUCUAGUGGCUUUUCCUUUGGUGCUACGCCCGCUGCGGCUCCUGCUGCUUCUAGUGGCUUUUCCUUUGGUGCUACGCCUGUUGCGGCACCGGCUGCAUCAUCUAGUGGCUUUUCCUUUGGAGCUACGCCUGCUGCGGCUCCUGCUGCUGCUCCUAGUACUGGAUUCAGUUUUGGAGGUACCAGUGCAGUUCCGUCUGUUGGUGGUGGUGGCAGCUUUAAUUUUGGUGGAACGGCUGCACCUGCUGCAUCAUCUAGUGGAUUUAACUUUGGUGGGACAAGUGCAGCCCCGGCUGCUGCUAACUCUGGUUUUAACUUGGGUGCCACGGCGCCAGCUACUAGCACAGCACCAUCGUUUGGAUUUGGUGCCACUUCUGUUGCAAAACCUGCACUUUUUGGACAGCAGCCUUCAGCCACUAGCACCACCACGACGGGAUUUGGAGGUGGCUUUGGAGCAACUACAGGCACUGGGUUCGGGUUCGGCACAGGGAAUGGUACUACUGGAACUGGCACAGGCACAACAGGGUCGUGGAAUUUCGGCGGUAAUGGUUUCGGCACUGCAACACCUGGCGCAGCGCCUUCUAGCCUUGUUGCUGCCUCAACUGCUCCAGCUCCGAUCAUCCUGGGUGCAGAUGCCUCUGUUGCUCAGCUGAACACAGUCAAGGCUGCAUACCAGGAUCUUACUCAGUCACGCUUCAAGUUUCUCAUGUACAACACUGUUGAUCCGACGCAGCGACAUUUGUACGUUCGACCACCAUACAUCAGUGAACGCUUGUGGAAUCAGGCAGAGCUGGACAACCCAGAUCCGCUUAACUGCACACCUGUCCCUAUCUUGGGUUUUGAUAAUCUGCUCAAGCGUAUUAAGGCGCAACAGGAGCAUGCGGAGAAGUACAACAAGUACACGGAUGACCUACGAGCACAACUUAAUGAGAUGGACAAACACACGCGGGCGACAGAGGAAAAGCUUGAAAAAUGCCGCCACGAGCAUGUGCAGCUCUUUCACGCGCUAGUAAAGGUCAUGCGAGACAUUGAGCUUUUACAGAAUUACGGCAAGCCACUUCAACGCGAAGAGAUGCAGCUGGCGAUGAUGUUGAAGAAGCUUCAGACACUGUUGGACUCGCCAGGUCAGUACAAAGCACGGCUGAAUGAUGCUGUCUCACUUCAGCGUGUUCAGAAAACGGCACUACCUCCUCCGACAAAUCAACUCAGCCCGCAAGACCUGCAGCGACUCUAUGAGCUUAUGAACAAACAGAGACAGGGACUGGAACACCUGACAAACAUUGUCAACGAUGACCUCGCGGACAUUGAGCUCAUUAAGGAAACCUGGCGACGAUAG